GCCACCACGCUCGACUUGGGCCACCCGCGACCAGAAUCCAUCAAGUUUGCUGCUGCUAAUGGGCAUAAGAUGGCCAAGGGUUUUAACGCCGAAGCAGCUCUCACAGAUAAUACAGAGCCAGAAGAACCCACUAAAAGCGCUUCAACUCUUUGACGAAGCAAAAUUCAAGUAUCCAACUUACCAUCAUAAUGGUCCUGCCUAUGGCACUAUGAUUAAUAUUUUAGGCAGAUCAGGUAGAACAGCUGAAAUGAAGAGAGUAAUUAAUCAGAUGAAAGAUGACUCAUGUGAGUGUCAUGACUCAAUAUUUGUCAGUGCCAUUAGUAGUUACGCACAAGCUGGAUUAACAAAUGAAGCCAUGUCUCUUUUUAAGUCUCUUCCGGAGUUCAAUUGUAUAGAUUGGACAAGAUCUUUGAAUACGCUUUUGGAGAUAUUGGUAGAAGAAUCUAAGCUAGAAUCAGUUUGUCAGUUAUUCCUUGAGAACUCUUGUAGAUGGGAAGUGAAGUCUCGGGCCUAUUUCUUAAAUUUGUUGAUGAAUGUUCUUUGUAGAAUGAAACGGUCAGACCUUGCAUUGCAUAUUUUCCAAGAGAUGAGUUACCAGAACUGCUAUCCAAACAAAGAGAGUUAUAGGAUCUUGAUGAGGGGUCUGUGUGAAGAAAAGCGGCUCAAUGAGGCUACUCAUCUGUUGUACUCAAUGUUCUGGAGGAUAUCUCAGAAGGGUAGUGGUGAAGAUGUUGUUGUAUAUCGGACUCUAUUGGAAGCGUUAUGCGACAAUGAAGAAGGGGAGGAAGCCAUUAGUAUUCUCGGCAAGGUACUGCGGAAAGGACUUAAAGCUCCGAAAAGAUGCUAUAAGCAGAUUGAUCAUUUUCGAUGCCAAAAUGGUGCAGAUACAGAAGAUAUGAAAGUGUUGAUUAAUGAAGCUCUGAUAAGAGGCAUAGUUCCCAGUUCAGAUAGCUACAGUGCAAUGGCCGUUGACUUUUACGCUGAAGGAAAGAUUGAUGAAGGUAACAAGGUUCUGAAGGAAAUGCAUCACAGAGGCUUCAAACCAUCGGUGUGGAUUUAUGAAGCUAAGGUAUCUGCAUUGUGUCGUGAUGGCCAGGUUGAUGAGGCAGUUGCGGUCAUUGAUUCUGAGAUGAUGCAGAAAAACUGUGUUCCAAAUAUUAAGUUGUAUAAUGGUGUUAUAAAAGGCCUAUGCCAUGAAAGAAAAUCUACUUCAGCUGUUAAGUAUUUGGAAAGGAUGUCUAGGCAAGUAGGAUGCGCGCCAAACUAUGAGACUUAUGAAACUUUGGUAGAUGGGUUUUGUAAAGAUGGUAAAUAUGUUGAAGCAAGUAAGAUAUUGGAGCAAAUGUCAAGCAAUUCCUUUUGGCUUAGAGUUGAGACUUUGAAUUCUCUUAUCCAAGGUCUUUGCCAAGUAGGUGAUUUACACACUGCAAUAAUGUGUUUGGAGGACAUGAUCUCUCUAGCCUCGACUCCAAAUAUCCAGGUGUGGCAGUCAUUACUAGAGACAAUCUGUUGUGAAAAUUCUGGCAUCGAAAAGCAGCUACAGACCUUAUUAUAGUUUUUAACUGCAGCGGUAUUGCUAGAUAUAAUUCUUUUGCCGGUAAUAAACAUUUUCUGCUUAAUCC